AUGGCUACGGUCGUGGACCCGACGUGGCUGCGCCAACUGCACUUCAUGGUGUACUGGGGGCUGUAUGGGGGCAGUAGUGACUGUGGGAGCCCAGGCUGCAACCGAGGAUCCGUCGUAUACGCAGUUCAGCCGUCGCUGCAGCAGCAGCGGCAGCCUCCAGCCCAUGCUGCCGUCGCAGCCGCCACCACCUCUACCAUCCGCACUGGCAGCUGCAGCCGCAGCUCCUACACAGGCGGGCGAUGCGUGCUUAUUAAAGGUCAACUGGCCGGAGGCGGCCCAGUUGUCGUACACCUCCUGGGUUGCCGUGCGCUACACCCCGCCACGGGCCCCGCGCUACGGACAGUGAUGCUAGCCGGAUCCGCCGUACACCCCGCCAUUGCGAGCGUGCACGGCAUGCGUUUCGUGCCGGCAGCAGCGGCCCUGGCGCCCGGAGCCGUGUCGGGAGUGAAGCGACCGGCUGCAGCGGCGGCGCUGGGGGCGCCCGCGGCAGCGGCGGCGGCGGCGGGGGCUGAUUGGGCCCGUGAUGAGGCUCUGUCGUGGCUGCCAGCCGCCGGUCGCCAAGUGCCGGAAAACGCACCUGGUGUCGAACCCGCCCAACUCGCGAGGACCCCGCAGCAGCAGCAGCAGCAGCAGCAUCAAGGGGUUCGUGACCUUCUUCGGCACCAGCACCAGCGCCUCACCGCCAUGGCACCCGUAACCCAGUUGGCGACCGUGGUGGCGGCUCUACGGGCUCAGCUGCAGCUUCAGCCCGGAGAAGGCGUCCUGGCGGUGGUGUGCGAGGGCUCACCGAUGGGGAGUUUGGAGUCCCUCCUGGGUGGUGUCCACAACCCCUUCCGCCCCAACCGCUCCUGGCCUGCGUACAUGGCCCGCCGUGCCUUGCUGCGCACUGCCCUGGAGGUGGCGGGGGCACUGGCACACCUGCAUUCCAUCGGCUUGGUGCAUGGCGCGUUGCGGCCCUGUAAUGUGCUGCUGGUGCCCUCAAACCACGACCGCCGCAACUUCCGGACCAAGGUUUUUGGUGCGAGCGUCCGUUUCGUGCAGCUGCUGGGCAAUCGGAACAGCACCGCAAACCUCGUCGCAGCCGGCGACAGCAGCAAAAGCAUGGACGCUCGCUUCCAGGGGCAGGGUCCCAGCGUGGGCUGCUGCGGCGGCGGCGGUGCCGGGCGCUGCAGCUCAAGUCCCCAGCCGCACAUCGCCGCCACGAUGCUGAGCUGGCCGGAGGCGCUGCCAUCCCAGGGCGGGUCUGUUUUCCUGCCGUACGCCGGUUCGCCGAGGAUGCCCGCCGCAGACGCGGUGGCGCCGGUGGCGCCGACGUCGGUGGCCUCCGCCGCCUGCUCAUCGCUUCCCUCCACCAGCAACCCGUGGUGGUCUCCUUCCUGCGGGGCGCCGUACAGCCCGGCCUCCUUCACAGGCCGCUCUCGGCCUCCUAGCCGCGUGCUGGCGGUGGCGGAGGCGGCAUUCUCGCCGUCCACGUCUGCCGGUAACCACCUACUUGACUUCGCCAGCAGCGCUGCUGUCGCCCCCGGCCGCAGGCGGCCUAGCGGCAGCGCCUUGAUCCCCCCGCUGAUGCUGGCAAUGGGCAGCUGUCCAGGGCGCGCCGUUGGGUCGACGGGCGGGGCCGCCGCUGCAACCGCGCCGCCCCUGUGCCGUACACCGUCGGAGGGACAGCUCCUUGGGGGCCUGUCGUUCAUGCGCGCGUCACGCCGGCCGCUGCGUACCAGCUAUGCAAUACCGGAACAUUUGGAGGUUGAGGGUGUUGAAGCGGUCGCGGUGGAGGGUGCAUCAGCGGCGGGAGGAAUAGGAACGGGCUUAGGACCUGGUUCGGCUCAGCAGCGCUCUGGCGUUGACGGCGGCUGCGAAGGCGACAUGGACACUGUCCCCGCUCGUCGGUCUCAUUCGGACCUGGUGCUGCGCAGCGGCCCGGAGGUGACGGCGGCGGCAGUGCGCAGCGGGAAGAGCUCCCUAUCCUUCACGCUGGGCGCCGCCACUGCCGUCAGCACUGGUGCAGGCGCCGCCGCCAGCUGCAUCGGCGGCGGCAACGUAAGCGUCGUGUGCGGUGGGGCCUCCGCCCCAGGCACCCCCUCGCGGCUCACGUCCUUGAUCCGCUCAUUGGUCUUCAACAAGCCGACUGCGGGUACGGCAGCGCUCUCGAAGCAAGCAGUGCCGAGCGUGCUUGUUACCCCCGAGUCCGACGCCGGCGGGGGUGGCCAUUCCCGGCGAGUAAGCAACGCCCGCAGCGGCGCGGCGGCGUCUAGUAGCCGUGCAUCCUCUGUAGCCCUAGCCGCCGCCGCGCUCCUCAGCCGCUGGCCUUCCUGGCUUGCGGCAGCUUCUCCGGUCAGCAGCAGCGUGGUUCCGGAGCAUGAAACUGCCGAUGGCCUCUGGGGCGCCGAGUCACACCACCACCACCAGCAGCCGCAGCAGCAGCAGCAGCCGCAGCGGCGCCGCGGGGGACAAGCAGAGGACAAAGGCGAGGAGGGGGACGAGGAGGAAGAAGAACAGGUGGAGACAGGAAAUGGAAACGGCGGAGAGAAGGUGCAGGGCGAAGAGGAAGAGGAAGAGGAAGAGGGGGAGGAUGCUGAGGAGGAGGAGGAGGAAGAAGAAGAAGAAGUGGCAGCAGUUUUGUUUCAAAGGGAAAGAGUCGGGGACGGAGGUGCCGCGCCGUCAGGUCCUAGCCGCUCUUGCCACGGGGCCCAGUCGCUGGACAGCCGCCCGGCCGGGGGCGCCUCAGCCUCCACCGCGACCUCUGGCGGUGGCGGUGGCGGCUGGCGCGAUGAGCUGUUCCUGCCGCCCGAGUCGCAGCAGGACCCUUGCUGCCCCGUGGAUGCCUCUCACGACACCUGGGCCUUCGGGAUGCUGAUGUGGGCCAUGGCGGCGGGUGAGCCGCCUGCGGAGGGGCAGCUAGGGCAGUCAGGGCCGCAGGUCAACUCCACCUCAGGACCCGGUCCCGGACCCGUGCAGCUGCUCUCCACGCUGGACCUGGACCUGGGAAUACGGACACCCUCAUGGCCAGCUCAUUGCCGUACACAUGCCUAUCUGCAGCCGCUUUACGAGGCGUGUGUCGCUAAGGAGCCCGGCAGCCGGCCCACCCUGGCGGUGGUGCUGGCUUCCGUGCUGGGAGGGGGAGUGGUGGUAUUAUAA